AUGCGUCCGCUAGUAUCGAGCGAUAUUCGCGCUGACCUCGUCUCUAAUGGCCCUGUACUAUUGAUCGAUGUCUCAUCCUUACCGAUUCCCAGGUUCAUCUCGCACCUAAACUACGGAAACUUGAUCAGCAAACUUCCAUUGGAGAUAUGGAGACAGAUCAUAGAUGAACAUGCCAAACUCAUCCAUCCCAAAUACUGGUGUGUUCGUCCCAAGGCCAUUCAAGAAUCCCAGCACGGGAAAACGCUGUUUUGCCAAGGCGUUACUUUCAAUCUCGACUUAGCAGAUCAAUUCUCUGUGGCCGAUGCUGAGGACUUCCUGACUUCAACCGUGGGUUUUCAGCAAGGUCGCAAUGAUCAAAUCAAUGAAAUUGGCAACUUGAAAAAUGAUGCGCCCCCGCGUUCUCCAGAUCGGAACGAUUACACUGAUGAAGCUUCAGACAGCGAGGAUGGAACGUUCGAAGCUGAGGACACAAAGGAUCGCUAUUGUAUCUUCAUGCCUAACGAAGAGGGCCCGAUGGUCCUGCCCUUUCGACCGAGUAACUACGCUGACAUCACCGUCCCUGACUGGAUUGCCUUCUGCGACAACGGUGACUGCUGGGUCUGCGAAGGGGAGCGCAGAAUGUGUCCUGGCUGCACGGGUGGCAAGUAUCAGAAAUUUGAUUGCUUUGGAAGCUGCGGGAGCGGGCUGGCCUGUCCCUUAUGUAUUGGUAUGCAGUUUGCUUGGGACGACAAGGAUUUUUUAGAAACAUACAACCACCCUUAUGCGCCACCGAAGAAGGAAUUAGUGGCGCGCUUUGCAAGACUCAAUAGACGACUGGAGGAGUUUGGCUAUGGACGAUGGGAACCAGAUAUGGCUUCUCUGAAGGACUUGAAGGAUGCAGGUGAGACAUGGGUGAAAGAAUACAAAUAG